UGCAUUUUAAUUUUUUUCUGGAAAACUGGGAAAGGGAAAAUUUCGAAAUUUUUACAGGAGAAAGAGAAAAGUCAGGAGCUCAUUAUAGGCAAAUUUCACAAUUUUCCAAUGGAAAAUGACUCCAGGAAAAAUUCUGGAAAAUUGACUUAUUUAAGAAAAAUUCACCUCUUGCAUUUUAAUUUUUUUCUGGAAAACUGGCAAAGGGAAAAUUUCGAAAUUUUUACAGGAGAAAGAGGAAAGUCAGGAGCUCAUUAAGUAUAGGAAAAUUUCAAAAUUUUUUCAGAAGUUGAAACUUCACCUGAAACAAACGUGAUUAAUUCUCCUUCGAAUGAAACUUGAUUCAUUGAAAUCGGUCCAGGCGUUCCAGAGUUAUGGCAGAUUUAAUAAGACCAUGUCAGGCUGGAAAAGCCCCCCCAUGAAUUUCCUUUUUUAUUUUUUUCCAGGCUUAGGAGACGUCCUACGGGAAAAUGCCAAAUAGCUUUUCUGCUUGUUUUGACCUCCUCUAUACACUGGAAUUUUUAUUUUUCAAAAAUUCGGAAAAUUUCGAUUUUCCAUUUUGUAAGGUAUAGAAGAGGCCCGGAAAAUCCUGGAAAAACGGGAAAUUAAGGGGGGCAAAGUGGGUUCCGACAUUUCUUUGGAUGUCCUCUAUGACGUCAUCAAAGAAAAUCCGGGAAAUUUUGACUUUGAUUUUUUGGCCGAAAAAAAAAGGAGCUAAACCCAUCGAUUUUAAAAUUUCCAAGUGGAAUAUCUUUGAAAUGGUAAGUCCUAGAGGGAAAACUCUCUAAGCUUUUUCUGUAGAUCUCGACGAGUUCUACAAUGUAGCCAUGAACAGUUUUCCUCUAGGACUUACCGUUAUGGAGUUACAGCUAGUUGAAGUUGAGAUUUUUGUCAUUUUCAAGAGUUCUGUGUUAUAAGGAUAGGCCCAAAAAUCAAAGUCAAAAUUUGGAAAUUUCAAGAUAGCCAUUUUGUAGAGGGGAUCCCAAAAAGUCCCGGAACCAACUUUUUUUCCCUUAAUUUUCCGAUUUUCCGAGACUUUUCCAGUGUUUUUUUAAAUUAAAUGAAGCCUCUUGUAAAUUAAUUUUUUUCUGGAAAACUAGCAAAGAGAAAAUUUUGAAAUUUUUCCAGGAAAGAGAGGAAAGUGUAAAGCUCAUUAUAGGAAAAGUUCAAAAUUAUCCAAUGAAAAAUGACUCCAGGAAAAAUUCUGGAAAAUAGACUUAUUUAAGAAACAUUCACUUCUUGCAUUUUAAUUUUUUUCUGGAAAACUGGCAAACAACUGUCACUUGUAAUUUUUAUAAAAUUCAAUGAACACCUUCAGUUGAUCUAGGAAUACCAGACGACAUUCUUCUAGGAUGUCCAGAAUCGUGUUCUGUUGGUCUACUAGAGAGGUAGGAUAAUCUAGAACUGGGGAGAACCUGAUCUACUUGUAGCUGAAAUGAAUUAAGUAUUUUAUUAAUUGAAAAUCAUUACACAUAUAAAGAAACUUAUGUUGGGAUUGUGAAUUUUUAUUACGUGUUCUCCCACUUCUUUCUGCAGAACCAAUCACGGAAGUGUUUGGUAUCCUUUUAGGUCGGGCUACAUAUGAAAAAUUAUACAUGAAAAUUCAAUUUUAAUUAUAUAAUUAACAUGUUAACAGAGUGAUGGAUAGAGCUACAUGGAAAAAAGCAACAAUAUUAAUGUUCAAAACACUUAAAAGUUGUAAGACAAAUUAUGAAGCCACAUCAUGAUCCACUCUGUAUCAUCAUUAUAGAGAUUUAUCGCCACACGACUAAACUUGUUUUCAAGCUAAAAUUGCAUCUGAUAUCAGUUUGUUUUGCGUCUUCUUCAACGCAAAAUAUGAAUUUUAACGCAAUAAUUAUUGUGUCGUUGCUAAUUUGUGGUCUUAAUGGUCAAGCAAACAUCAGCAUCAGCAAUUUGGACCGACAAUGUUUAAGAUGUUUGUGCUAUGCAGCGACCAAUUGCGACCUCGGACGCGAUUGCGUCGCCGGGUACUGCGGCCCUUACAAAAUCAGCCGGUUGUACUGGAUCGACGCCGGAAGAGUGGUACUACCCGAGGACGACAUCCAAAGAUCCGGCGCUUUUGAGGAUUGUACCUUUUCUUAUGGAUGCGCUCAACAACUAGUAACUAAUUACAUGUCUAAAUAUGGCAGGGACUGCAAUGGUGACGGUGUCACAGAUUGUGACGAUUUCGUAAUGAUUAAUUUCAACGGAGGAACUCAUUGCGAUUUGCCUUUGGACCGCAACGAUUUUGGUAAAGAGUGGUUGCAAAGGUACCGAAUAUGCAACCCCAAAUUGUAUUAAUAAUUGCUUUAUUAUUAUUUAAAAUACAGUCUAUAUAUUAUAUACUAUAUAAAAUGAGGCAGUAAAUUGUUUAAUUUAUUUAUAAAGUUACUCUAAUGUCCGCCUCCUACAAUGGUUUUGCAUUGGCGAUAGCGUUCUCCGUAUGGUUGAGGCAAGGAACCACCGCAACCAUAAGCUCCUAACGUGUGAAUGGCCGCAAAAUCAUCACAGUCGAUUUUUCCAUCGUUGUUACAAUCCUGAAAUCAAUCUUAUUGCAAUCAAGUUUUCAACACCAAUACAAAUACAACCUGUUGGAACUUGCUCAUGUAGCCUUGUACACAUAAGGCUGCGCAAUAAGUGUCUCCGGCACAGUGGGCAUAAGCUUGUGGUGCUUCUGGAGAUUCUCCGCCUACAGUGGGUUUUCCACCAUCGGCCCAAUAGGCCCAAGUGAUUCUAAAAGGUCCGCAAACGUCUCCGGAACAAACAUUAGUCGUGUUGCAACCAGAAAUGGCUUCACAAAUACAGCCCAGACAUUGUUGGGUCACUGGUAAAUCAUCGGCUGUAGCCAA